AUGGAAGAGGAUGCCGAAAUCGAUCGACAAGGAAGAACAAACGUCGAUCGACAAACCACAGAGAAUAUCGAUCGACACUCUGGAAACAAUGUCGAUCGACUCCCGACUCCUGCUGAACCAGCAGUAGAAAGAGUGUAUAGGACUCUACCACCUUUCCCUCCUAACAAGACACAAACUAAACGAGAGAUAGACAAAGUGAUCUGCAAGAAAGCAUUCGAUAAGAUCACGUUGGAAACGCCACUGAGUGAUGCGAUAAAAGUAUCACCUUCAAUAAAAAAGUAUGUAAAAGAUAUGGUAUCCAACAGCUUUCCAGCCACUGAGCGCAGCGUCAUGAUGGUUUCAGAGGAAGUAAGUGCAAUUAUCCAAGGCGAGAUCCCGAUCAAGAGACCCGAUCCGGGCAGUUUUGUUUUGGAUUGCAAUAUAUGGAACAUAAAUUUUCCUCGAUCCCUUUGUGACCUAGGUUCCAGCGUGAACCUCAUGCCACACUCUGUCGCAAUAUCCGUAGGAUAUGACAAGUUCAAACCUACCAAAAUAACUUUGGUUCUGGCCGAUAGAUCCGUUAGAUUACUCGAGGGAGUGCUUGACGAUGUGCCAAUAAGGAUUAACGGCUGUCACGUCCUAACGGAUUUUGUAGUACUGAAAUACCAAAAUGAACCAAAGGAUCCCCUUAUUUUGGGUAGACCAUUCCUAGCCACUGCAGGUGCAAUAAUCGAUGUCAAAGAGGGUAGGAUAUGUCUGAACAUUGGAAACCUUCCGAUGACUUUCGACAUGGACAACCUGAUGAGACGACCCUUGAUCGAUAAACAGACUUCCUACGUGGACGACAUCUAUGAAUUUGCUGAAGAAUCUUUCAUAAACUCAUGCUCAGACGACCCUUUGGAGAAAGUGCUCACAACUAGUGAAGAGGAAACUUUCAGUGUCGAUAGCAGAGCUGAGGAAUACACACGAUUAAUGGACGCAAGCAUGGAAAUUGCAAGCGUCAAUGACAUAGAUGAUGAUGCUUUGGAAAUCAACGUCGAUCGAUAUUUAUUAAAAGCUGUCGAUCGAUAA